AUAGUUUACGCUUAAUUACAGCUCUCUUAUCGCGAAAAUCCUCGUUCUGAACCAACUUUCGCUCUCAGAAGAUGAGAGCGCGAUUUCAAAAUUUGUGUUUAUCCUCCGUGGCCACCCUGUUCGCGGAAGUUCGGAAAUCGCAUCGGUUUCCGGAAUCAGUCGGGAAUAGACAGGAAUAUUUUAUGGGAUGAAACGGGAUUUGAUAAUCUUUCGUGAUUUGUGCAAGAAUGGCGUUAUUUGUGCAGUGUAAAUACGUGCUAAUUUACAAGUGUAAUUAUCUCUUCGGCGGUUGAUCAUUCCAAUGCGAGAUCGAUGGCGUCCGAAAGAGUGGAAUGGGUUGAGAUUAUCGAACCCAAAACAAAUGAACGCAUGUAUGCAAAUUUAACCACAGGAGAGUGUGUCUGGGAUCCUCCUGUGGGUGUCAAAGUUAAGAAGACUGAUAACAACCAAUGGUGGGAGUUAUUUGACCAGAAAACUAGUAGGUUUUAUUACUACAAUGCAGCGUCCUUGAAAACUGUCUGGCAUUGUCCCCAGAAUUGUGAUAUUAUUCCUUUAGCCAAAUUACAGACUAUCAAACAAAAUACUGAGCCAUCAACCGAUGAAUUUGAAAAGAAUGCAAGUGAAAACAAAAAAUGCAAAGAAUCGGUCGCAACUCAAACGCCAGGAAGGUAUUCAGCGGCACAAUCAUCAACAGCAACUAACAUGCGAAUUCCUCUCACUCACAUUAGCCCUACAAAAACAUCCAAUAGCGAGAAGAAUGACAGUUGUGUCAUUGAUAGGAUAGCGUCCAUCCGGGAGGCAAAAAGCACAGAAACGCAAACAUCUCCAAUAUCACCUCGGCGGUCCCACCACCACCAUCACCACCAUCAUCAUCAUAGUCAUAACCAUAGGCAUGAUGAUCAUGGAAAAGCUUGGGGCACAGAUGUUGAGGACAGACCUAGGAGGGGUAGUCAUCACCGUGCUGCUUAUUCGCAGCAGGAUUCUGGUAGGUCCAGUGACUCAAGUUGCAUAUCCCUAAGUCGGACAUCUUUGGAUGCUAAAUCUGCUAUGUCAGCUAGCACAUCAACACCACUGUUGAAGAAAAAACUCCUAAGUGAUGCAACAAUCAAGGAAAACGUUGUCUCUCGCUCAAUACCACACCCCAUUCAACGUAGUAGUUCAUCAACAUCGCAACACCAGUUACCAUCGAUUAAGCAAAAAAGCUUUGACAUCGACAUUAGUGUUGGCGGAGGCUACAGUUUAGGUCAUGAAAACAGGAGUGGUAGCUGCAGUCGUGCGAAUCGACAGAUUCUCCUCCCAAGCUCUGCUUCAUCACACCACCUCUCGAGAAGUCACUCGUUUGCAAUGGCAGCCCAUCCGCUGUCGGGAGCGCAGUCGGUUGAUAACGACGAGCAGGACGAUUCUAUGCAUGAAAAGUACUUCCAGAAUGCUUCAAAACUGUCUGUAGAAUCUACGCCUCAGACGAGACGUAAACACCACCAAGUUGAAAGAAGCGGACCUACAGAGUAUGCCAACUUCAUCACCCCUCCUCCUCCCCUUCACAAAGCACCUUCAAGAUCAUCAAGGUCGUCUUCCAACUCCUCUACCCUAGCUCCUCUCAGCAACUCGUCUUGUUCAAGGCACCCAUCACUUCCCUCUAGUCAUCGGUCAAGGGAUGGAGGUUUGUCAAGCAACAACGAAGAAGAAAAUGACGAAGAUGAUGAAGAUGUGAGGCCAGAGGAUGACGAUGAUGAUGGAGAGGAAAAAGACAGCUCUUCGAGUAGUGUCAGCGAGUUGAGUAGUCCCACAACAGCAGCCAUUACCCCCAGAAAAUCAAAACUCCAAGCCUCUUUCAAUCACCAGUCAGGAUUACGGCCGCGGCCAAGUUCAAACCUCUCCGCAUCUUCAGACAGCAGCAAAGAUAAAAAACCAACGUACCCACUCUACUCAAAUGUGGACUAUUCAACGCAGAACAUGCUGCCACUUCACCAGUACAUCCUGGAGCAGGCGAAACUGUCAGGCUGCUACAAGAUGGGUGACUCUUUAGCGGAAGAAGGCGAUUCGGUGUACUCAGAGGAGGAUGAGCAUGACAAUGCUCGAGAUGAGUAUGAGUCGGACGAGUUUGCAGAUGAUGAAGGGAUGUCUAAUCAAGAGGAAGACCUAUCCAGCUCGCAGGAGUACCUUCACGAUGACUCAGCACACUUCCUGGAACAAGAGUUUAAAUUGGCGCGUCCUAAAAACUACUCUACAGAUGGACGAGUAAGCGACUACGUAGUAGACGAAUUAGAAUCUCGAAUGGCAGCCAGUGGUGGCAGCUAUUACAAUAUAGCUCAUGAACCCUCGCGCAGCAACAGUCAUUUAGGUGGUCAGUUACCAUUGCAAACGCAACACGCCUCCUUGAAAAGGAAGAAAGAAAUCUCCCAGAUGCCUCCGCCUCUCUACUCGCCCAUUCUUGAAAGAGCAGAGUCCUGUCGGCGAUCCCCUAGUCAAAGUCCCCUGUUCCGACAUAGCUCACUUCAAAGAACGGACAAGUCUGCCGCAGCGCAAUUUGAACAGUUGUCAAGAGUUGUUUUAAACCGAGAGAAGAAAUUACCGUCUGAAAGUGACAUAGAAAAAUAUGCCCAAGAUAAUUUGAAUAUCCACAAAAAAGGAAUCUUCCGCAAGAAAUUUUCCGUGCGUGAUAUGUUAUCUUGGUCGAAAGAUCCAAUAAGAAAGCCGAUGUUAGUGCUUUCAGAUAAAGCUCUGAAGAAGGAAGCCUGUGAGUUGUUCAAACUAGUUCAAAUUUACAUGAGCGACCGCAAAGCUAAACCAGAAAUGACAAUAAACAGUGUUGCGUAUGAUAUCUGCAACAUUGGAUACACGAAGGCUGCUCUCAGAGACGAACUUUACAUCCAGAUCUGUCGACAAACAACGGAAAAUCCCAGGAAAGAAAGUUUACGAAGAGGCUGGGAGCUGCUGGCAAUCUGUCUGGCUUUCUUCCCACCAUCACCGAAGUUUCAAGCAUAUCUUGAGGGCUACAUGAACAGGCAUCGAGAUCCAAGUUUAAACUUUCCAGAAGUUGGUAAAUGGCCUAUUCAUGUACAAGUUAGUCACUAUGCCACAGUGUCUUGUAAACGGUUAGAAAGAGGAGGUGUAAAUGGGAAAAGGAGGCCCCGGAAACCAUCCAUUGAAGAAAUCGAUCAAGCAAGAAUCCAAAUAUUCCGACCGAGCAUGUUUGGAAGCACGCUUCAGGAAAUCAUGGACAUGCAAAAGGAAAGGUUCCCUCACUACAAGUUACCGUGGAUACAGACAACGCUCUCUGAACAAGUACUGCGCCUUCAAGGCACACAAACAGAAGGCAUUUUUAGGGUAUCAGCGGACGUUGAUGAAGUUACAAGUUUGAAAACUCAACUCGACGCAUGGCAAGUUCCUGUAGAUUGUUUAACCGAUGCCCACACGCCGGCCUCUUUGUUGAAGCUCUGGUAUCGUGAGUUGUAUGAGCCACUAAUACCAGAUGCAAUGUACUCAGAGUGUGUUACCCACCAUGAUAACCCGAGCAAGGCCCUCGCUAUUGUAGACAAGCUUCCACUGAUCAAUAAGCGUGUUCUGAUGUAUCUGGUCCGCUUUCUCCAGAUGUUUACACGACCAGAAGUUGUUCAAGUGACAAAAAUGGAUGCAAGUAACCUUGCAAUGGUGAUAGCUCCGAAUUGUUUGAGGUGCACCUCUCAAGACCCUCGAACAAUUUUCGACAAUGCUCGCAAAGAAAUGGCCUUCAUGCGUGCACUCAUCCAGCAUCUAGAUACAAGCUCUGUGGAAGGAAUGUUUUAGUGCUCGGUGAAUGUUGCACUGAUCCUCCUGUGAUCCUGCUAGUAUGUUCAACAAACCCAUCUUGUGUAUGACGUUAUGUAAGUUGCACCUAUUUAUCUAGCAUUGUUUCCCCCUCCCUUCCUUGUAUAUACUGUACAGAGUUCUGUACAUUUGUUUGUACGUUUGGACGUACAUCUAUAAGUUCACAUUUUAAUUUAUGAUUUGUCUACUGAUGCUGUUCAGUUGUCUACCAAAAAGUACAGUUUUGGGAACUUUGGUGGUUUCUUAAUUAUUUGGAAUGCCUUUUUCGGAAAAACCAUGUUUUGUUGUUUCCGGCAUUGUAUUAGUUCACAUAUGGUCGCCUCAAUCCCAACCAUGAAUGGUUUUUUUGGUGUUUCGUAGGUAUCAAAUAAGACAGAUGAUUAUGCAAGAAAUGCUCUAAUUGUCUACAGUUAGGUUACCAAAUUUCAAUUACUUCAUUUUUCAGAAAGUGAAUUGAGUCAUAAUUGUAAGAAUUCAAUCAGAAUCAGUCCAACUACAUCAGAUAUUGCCCUAAUUACUCUCAUAUUUUAUUUUUUCACGGAAAUCAAAUGAUAUUCUGACUUCAAAUCGUCUGAGAAUAUUCUUCAUAACCUAAAAAUAAUUCACAUCAAGUUGUUUGGUAUUCUGUCAAAAAAAUAUAUACAGUGGGCGCCGCUUAUUAGAAACGUGGUUAAUAGAA